AUGGCUCCUUCCGGGGAACCAACCACCGUGCUUGACCGUUGUCUAGCGACACCACCGCCGGGGCUGGUGUCCAGAAUGUCACUCCGCCUAAGUUUUUUUGACAUCCUAUGGUUACACGCCCCACCCGUCCAACGCCUUGUUUUCUACGAAAUCCCUGAGAUCACAAAAACCAAUUUUAUCGAAGAAAUCAUCCCAAAACUUAGAGAUUCCCUUAACUUAACCCUCAAAUAUUAUAUCCCAUUAGCGGGAAACUUGAUCAUCCCGCCAAAUUCUGGUCCGGACUCGCCCGAAAUCCUGUACAAACGUGGAAAUUCAGUACCCUUGAUCGUCGCGGAGUCGAAUGCGAUGGAUUUUGAAUGGUUAGUGGCAAAUCAUGCAAGAGACAGUUCUGAUUUUCAUUGCUUGGUUCCCAAAUUGGUACAAUCGACGGAUGAUUCCGGGUCGAUUCUAUCUUCGGUGCUGGCUCUCCAGGUUACAUUGUUUCCCAACAUGGGAUUCUCCAUUGGGAUAACAAGCCAUCAAGCGGCCGGAGAUGCUUGCACCAUUUUUAGGUUCUCGAGGAUUUGGGCGUUUCAUGCCAAAGCUGGAGAAGCCGAAGCUGAGGAAAAGGUGAACGCACCAUGUGGAGGACCACUAGGGUCACCAUGUUGUUAUAGAACUAUCAUCAAAGACCCAAAGGGUCUCUCCUCAAUUUUCUGGAACCAAUGGAACAACAUCAGUAAACUUGAUCGUGGUUCAGGCAUUUCAUCGAACAGCUAUAAAGUUCGACAAACUUUUCUUAUUAGCCCAGAACAGGUUGAAAAUAUUAGGAAGUUAGUGCCAACUAUGCUCCGAGGGCAAGCUUAUAUGAAAUCUUUCAAAGUUGUUUGUGCAUAUGUUUGGAUAUGUUUAGUAAAAUCCCGCGGCGAGGAGGCAGUUGAUGAGGAAGAAGUAGAGAACUUUGUCUGCUUUGGGAAUUGCAGAAGGCGUUUGGAUCAUCUUGUGGCUGAAAACUAUUUUGGGAAUUGCAUUACACUGUGCAUAGCAAAGAUGAAAAAUGGUGAACUUGUGGGAGGAGGAGGAAUCCCUCGUGCAGUUGGGUUGAUUGGCGCAGCCAUGAAUGAGAAAUUGCAAAGCCAAGAGGCACUCUCUAAUGGUGCUGAAAAUUGGUUGGUGGACUUGCAGAAUUUGAAUUUGGAUAGGACUUUUAUGGUGGCUGGAUCACCAAAGUUUAAUUUUUAUCAACUGGAUUUUGGAUGGGGGAGGCCCAGAAGGUUUGAGUUUGUUUCAAUUGAUAAAACAGGGGCGGUAUCUCUUUGUGGGGGCAGAGAUCGCAACAGCGAUAUAGAGGUUGGUUUGUCUCUUCCCAAGGCUAGAAUGGAUGCCUUCGCUGCAAUUUUCAACCAGGGUCUUAAAGAUUUGUAG